CGAAUCUGCUGCAUUACUUGAACUUUCACUUGAGAUGUAUGGAAGUUUGAAGAUUUUAAUUUUAUCAAAGCUAUUGAUUUUGCUGCAUUGUGGCUCUAAAGGUUCCUUAAUUUUGGUGGGAGGUGAUCCUGGUGUUGGCAAGAGUACCCUGUUGCUGCAGAUGGCUGCAAUGAUUGCUGAAGGGCAUGAUCUUGGGAGAUCGGCUCCAGUAGUAUAUGUCUCUGGGAAGAGGCUUGGCAUAUCAGUCCAGUCUCGCUCUGCAAUAACGAUACGGCAGACAAAGUGCAGAGAGCUUGACAAGAUUCAGUUCUCAACAGCUGGUGGAAAUCGUGAAGGGGCUUGAGGCAUCCCAACAAGAUUUCUUAUGGAUUGUGAAGGGAGAUAAAAGUCAAGAACAAGAAUGGCUACCAUAAGGGUUUGAAGAAAGAAUGGAUGGGAAAGGCCUAAUCAUAAGAGGGUGGGCACCCCAACUGUUGAUUCUCGAUCACGAGUCAAUCGGUGGAUUCGUGACUCACUGCGGAUGGAACUCAACGCUGGAAAGUAUAUCUGCCGGUGUGCCAAUGGUCACGUGGCCGAUGUUUGCCGAUCAAUUCUAUAAUGAAAAUUUGGUUGUUCAAGUGCUAGGGAUCGGGGCCAGCAUUGGAUCUAAAUCGUUUGCCAUGUUUGGAGAAGGUGCCGAUUUAGUGAACAGAGAUGACAUCGACAAGGUGGUGAGACGAGUUAUGGCGGGUGAAGAGGCAGAGGUCAUGAGAAGAAGGGCGAAAGUGAUUCGCGAAAUGGCUAGGAAGGCUGUUGCGGAAGGUGGAUCAUCUGAUUCAGAUUUGACUUCGUUAAUCGAAGAACUCAUGCAGCACAAAGCUGCUCGUGAAUAUAAAUAAAGCCUAUUCUGGUGUCCCGUUAUGUUCAAGUCGUGAAUGUUUUAUCGAUUCUUUCAUUGCGUCGAUAAUAUGUGCCAUGCUUUCAUUUUAGGAGUUUUACUGCUGUUAUGUUCCGUUCCCGCAUUAUUUCCUAACAUCCUAGGUGUAUGAUGCAAUACAUUUAGCAAUAAAGACUAGAUGCUAU